CCGCCAUGUCCGGCCCGCCCCGCCCAUCGCCUCACGUCUCUUCCCCGGGCGGGCGGGAGUCAGAGGCGGCGCCGGGCCCGCCAUGCCGAAGCGCUCCUGCCCCUUCGGGGAUGCGGCCCCGCUCCAUCUGAAAACCCGCGUAGGGCUGCGGGAGCUGAGCCGCGGCGUGCGGGGCGAGGAGUACCGCCGGGAGAUCUUCGAGAGGACCCGGCGGCUGCUCUUCAGGGGAGCCCAGGCGUACAUGGAGGGCGCCUGGCCCGCCAGCCCCGCCGCCACCUGCGCCGUCAGCCGCUCGCCGGAGCCCGGCGGGGAGGCCCAGGAGAGCGGCGCCGGUCGCCGCUGGAGCGAGCAGCUGCUCAUCGGGCAGGACGGGAAGCUCCUGAGGCGGCCCCUCGCCGGCGGGAAGGCAGCUCCACCCGUGGGAGUCUCCAAGGCCUGCUCCUCCUGUGUCAGAACCGCCGACGUGAAGGAAGCGUGUACACAGUGCGAGCGGUUUGUCUGUCAGAACUGCAGCAGGCUCUGCAGCUGCUGUAACACAGCUACCUGCUCCCUCUGCUCCACCGUCGAUUAUGGUGAUAUGGGAGAGCAAGUUCUCUGCAAUGGUUGUUCCAUAUUUCAAGUCUGAAACUUGAUGAAAUAGCCUUUAUGGCUAAGAUGUCCAUAACUUUCAUGAAGUCUCCUCCUUACUGCUGGUCAAUUAAUCCUUUUAGCAUGUGAAUUAAUUUUGGAAUUUCUAUGUUUUAUAUCUUUAUAUUGUACUUUUUAAUAUUGUAGCUAAAUAAACUUUUAUAUUUUGAGGAUUCCUAGA